CGCCAGGGCGGAGCGGCGGCGGGGCCGGGGCGGGCCGGCCGGGGCGGGAGACGCCGCCGGGAGCGGAACGGCGCGGCCAUGGGGAAGCUGCUGGCGGUGGCUCUCGUCGGGAUGGCGGCGGCGCUGGUCGGGGAGCGGCUGCUGACCCUCCGGAAGAGAGCCAAUGCUUCGCGGGAAGUAGACCCAGUAGAGCUCCCGAACUGCUGGCUCAUUAAGGGCAUUGAAAGGGGUUCAGAAGACAUCGAAAUACUCCCUAAUGGGUUGGCUUUCAUUAGCUCCGGUUUGAAAUACCCAGGAAUGCAGAGCUUUGCACCAGACAAGCCAGGUGAAAUAUUUUUGAUGGAUUUGAAUGAAGAAAAUCCAAGAGCAGUUGAACUGAGAAUCAGCCGUGGGUUUGAUCUGGCGUCGUUUAGCCCUCAUGGAAUCAGCACUUAUGUAGAUGAAGAUGACUCUGUGUACCUCUUUGUUGUGAAUCAUCCACAUCUGAAGAGCACUGUAGAAGUGUUUAAAUUUUCAGAAGAUGACAGUUCUCUUGUACACCUGAAAACUGUUAAACAUGACCUCCUGUCAAGUGUGAAUGAUAUAGUAGCUGUGGGACCAGACAGCUUCUAUGCUACCAAUGACCACUACUUCUUUGACUUCAUCUUGAUACUCUUGGAGAUGUUCUUGGGAUUGACUUGGUCAAAUGUUGUUUACUAUAGUCCAAAAGAAGUUAAAGAAGUAGCAGCUGGGUUUUAUUCAGCCAAUGGAAUCAACAUUUCACCCGAUGGAAAGUACAUCUACGUUGCAGAUAUACUUGAUCAUAAUGUCCAUGUGAUGGAAAAACAUGCUAACUGGAAGUUAACCCAUGUGAAGACGCUGCAGCUGGACACUCUACUCGAUAAUUUAUUUGUUGACCCUCAUACUGGUGACAUCUGGACGGGAUGUCAUCCCAAUGGGAUGAAGCUGCUGUUCUACAGUCCUGAAAAUCCUCCUGCCUCUGAGGUGCUGCGUAUCCAGAACAUCCUCUCGGAGAAGCCUACGGUGACACGCGUGUACGCCAACAAUGGCUCGGUGCUGCAAGGGAGCUCGGCAGCUGCGGUCUACAAGGGAAAGCUGCUCGUCGGCACAGUGUUUCACAGAGCGCUGUACUGCGAGCUAUAGCCCAGCUCGGGUGAGAUUUGUUGCAGCAGAAAGGGUUUAAUUCCAUGUGAACUUGCAUAGUUUCUGCUAAAUUUGCUAAUUACAUGACUCUUCCAAUAAUGGUUAACCAGAGUCACGGUCAAAGUGUUUUAGCUUUCCUCUCCAAAGGGAAAUGAGAGUUUUAUGCAAUAGUAAAGGAAAUGGAAUUUAAGGUGAGACAUUAGAGUUUCUCUCCUUAAGAAGGAUGAUCCUAUGUCAGUAACAAAAGGUAAACCUGAAGUUCAAAUUGUGAUUACAAAUAGCUGAAACUGUCAGACUUAGAAUCAUCUAUUGUGACUGGAUUUCUAGGUUUUUCUUGGAGAAAAUUGAUCUUUUAUGUGAGAAUUGAUAACUACAUGUCUGAUGCACUUUGCUGUCACUGAUCCUUAGGCUUUCCCAGGGAUAGUGCCAGCGGUUCUUUUUCUAAACCUUCCUGCCAGCUUCCCCUAACGCUUCAGGAAACAGUGGAAGGAGAAUUAAUGUUAUUUCAGCCCCAUUUCUUCUCUGUUCCCUUUUAAAGCCAUUAAAAUAGCUUACAUUUAAGUGUUUUAAAACAUUAAAGAUGUUAUUUAGUUUCACAAGCUUGUCUUAAUUCUAUGAGGAAAGGGGACAUCAUUUUGGGAAUGGUUUCUUAAUGAGUCUUCCAAAGGGAGUUUAAAAAAGCCUUUUUCCUCGAUGAGUGGGAAACAACUCCCGAAUAUUUCAGUGAGAAGCAUAUUAGCUAUUAUUGUGCUCUGUUACAGCGGAGGGAGCAUCUGUGGGUGCUUUGCUGUAGUGACUACCUCUGUGUGUGGUUCACGCACCUUCAGUGUUUAACUUUCACUGUGUAUGGAGCUGAUGAUUGCAGCUACGUUUCUGUGCAGAAAACAUCUAAUUCACCUCACCUUUAUGCAUAGGGAGUUACUGGUAACAUUGUAUUGUGCACUGUUAAAAGACCUAUCCAGGUUUCCAUCAAAUGUUAUUUUUAGAACGAUGGACGAUGCUGGUCUUGCGGGAGCCUCUGUUUUAACCACACUUAACUGCAUGCCUCUAGAGCGAGCACCUCUUUCAUUAGUAUGGGUGUCCUUACUGCAGGGCAGUUCCUGCGGCUCUUUUUGUCCUCCCGGUUCCUGUCUCAGAUCCCUGUCCAGUUUUGUGAAAGAUGCAGACUUGCAGCAAAUAGCACUUCAUUACCCGUGCCUGCUCUGCCGGUGGGGCAUUGCUGUGCUACCUGCGAAUGCUGGCACUGGUGUUGCUUGGCUGCACCAGCCAGAGCCACCACCAGGCUGACAGCAGAGAGGCAGCUGUUUAAGGCCAUGCACAAGACAUUGUGUGGGGCACGAGCUUCAGGCUGUUGCCACCAGCAUGUUGGCUUGCUGCUGCACCCCGCCUCAUGCGGGGCUUCCCCGUACUGCAACGUCAAAUGACUCGGUCAUCCUCCUGCAGCGAGAGCAGCUGCUGGUAUUCGUGGUGUUUCGUAUACAAACAGCACAUGCUGCCAGGGUCUAGUGAUGGCUAAAGGGGGAACCUGAGCUUUAGCCUGGUUGUGUGGGCAUGAGUUGAUCUCUGCAGAACUUGUGGUCUUUGCUCCUCUCCAAAAAUGCCCCUGGUUGAAUUUGGGGACUGAGCUGUUUGCCCAGCACUUCGCAAGGCUCGUUCUCUGCCUUGGGAGGCUUGGGCGACCAGGCACCCAGCUGUUCGGCUCACAAGUGCAAGCUUUUUGCUAACCACAGCAUGCGGCCAGCUGAUCCACAGCAUGCGGCCAGCUGAUCGAACCCUUCCCUGCGGCAGUACAGAGCUGGCCCCAAAUGAGGCCAGCUUUGGUCUCGUCCCUUUGCUGGAGUUGGCUUGCGUAUCAGCCAGCUGUACUGUGGGCUCAAGAAUGUAAUUUACAGUAACUCUAGCUUUGUUUCUUCUUCCCUAGCAACUUCUCUCCCUACAGCACAUUUUCCUCAACGUCCCUGGGAAGCAGCAUGCUUUUCUAGAGGAAGCUGUAAUCCCUCAGUACUGAGGAAUAUGCAUCGUUUUCAGAGCUUAAAUAGCAAAUAUUCUAACAUUGUUCAGAAGGAAAUUCUCAAAAUACAGGGAGGAUGGGGUAUUAAUUUAUUUGUGACUGGCUAAAAAGCUUGUGUGGUAGCAUUUUUAAAGAAUUAUUUUAGGCUUGUGACACUAUUUGUUCCGAAAUAAAGUGUCAUAGUCUGAAGAGUUAACAUUUUAAAGCAGUGGUAGUGAGACAGCUAAAACAUUGACUGGUUUACUUUGUGGCUGUGUAAGUGCAAUAACCAACUAAUUUCACAUUUUCAAGUAAUCUAAGCAUCUUCAGAUGAGUAAAUCUACAAGGUGUUGGGCUUUGUCAAACUUCUCCUACUUUUUUAAUUGUUUCUGGCCAUUCAGAAAAUAAAGAACGUGUUCACUUGUUA